GUUUCUCAGUCUCGGAUCCAGCUGCUCCGUCACUCCGCUCGCGUUCAGCGGGAGGUGAAGCCGAAGCUCCGCCGGACGCGUCCUGCCACUCGCGCACUGACAGUCAUUCUGAUACCUUCACUUUUUUUUUUAAAUGCACACACACCAGCUUUAAAGGGACAACUUCAAGAAAUAAUUAGAAGAGACCAAUACCGACAUUUAUGGAGCACAGAACUGAACAUGGUUUGCGGUCCUUCUGAGAUAGAAUGAAAUGACAAAACCGCGCAAAAGCCUUUGGAUCUUUGCAUUUCAACUGAAGGGCGACUGACACAUUCAGGUUUUAGAUACUCAAAAUCUACCUGUUGUGUACUAUCCCAGUGCUGAUCGAGGAGGACAUAUAUACCUCGCCUUGAUGCAUCAAUGGAAAGCAGACAUUUGAGCACCUGACUUUAUCCGCACUCAUUUUAUUUGUAAUCUUUUUCUUUAAAUAAACGUUUUACACAUACGUAAAACGACCAUGGCGUUGUGUGACACUUCGUUAACGUCGAGAAAUACAUUUUUUUGGCUUGUAAUAGCGUCCUCCUUGGCCUUCCACAUUGUCUCUGUAGCAACUUGCAGUGCUGGCUACCAGUACGCCAUUGAGGAGAUCUGUCUAGCCAAGUUCAAACUGGACAUGGAGGCCCUGGAUCACCGUCACUGGUGCAACUGGGACGACACUGUGGAGUCCUACGGGCAGCUGACGAACUGCACCUUCGUAAUAGCCCUGAACAUGGACUGCUUCUGGCCCAACCACCUGGUCAACGACUUCUUCAUCCGCAUCCAUAAGCACUACUUCCAGAACUGUGCCCUGUCGGGCCGCUUGCUGCAGGACCCACCCAGCCGUAUCCUCGGUCCCUUUAUUGUGGUGCCCAUCCUCAUCACGCUGCUCAUCACUGCCCUAGUGGUGUGGAGGAGCAAACGCAGCGAGGGUAUCAUGUAAUGGGGUUUUUACCCGUAGGACCCUACGGGAUUUGCUGUGGUCAGCAGUGGGAUAGAAGAGACACUACAAAGAAUCAACGAUGGAUGUUUCUAAAAGUGACAUAUUUCACAGAAGACACAGAGCAUGAACCGUAAAGAGGGCCCCGGCGGAUUAAUUAAGGAAGCCCCAGAAUCCCUCCAGAUUUGGAACAGCACACAUACACCGCAUAUCACCGCAGUCCAUUGUUGGACAUUUGGAGGCUGGCCAAAUCACAUGACAGCCUGCAUCGGCAUAGACAGCAGCCCAACACAAACCACUGCAGGAUCCCGUUUCCCCGGAAGGACAAUGGCACCAGAACCACAGAAUCUCCUCACUAAUAUUCACGUUGCCUGGAUUUCUGCAGGUAUUAUUCUCUGUGAAAAAGAGCACAUUUUAGGUUCAGACAUUCUGUUCACUGUGCAAGAUGUAUCACAUAUAUAGUAAUUACACCAUCCUAUCAAAAUUCAUAACACAAGCCCAGUAAUUAAUGUAUAUUAGAUUUUUUGGAGUUGCCUUUGGCUUUAAUAAAUGUGCCAUCAAAAAUGAGACCAGUUGAAAGUUGGUCUUCGCCUUCUCGUCGUCCUCUGAAGCUAAGCUACACUGCACACACCCAUUUUAUCCUUUGCAAGCCAAAAUACUUACAUCACAGAAACAUGUCCCACGGAUUUUGGUAGGAUACUGUAUAUGUACAUAAAACCAAUAUCUCUUAAUUUAGAAGUUUAUUCAUAGCUGUAUGUGUCAGUUAUGUGAUGACAGAUAUAUAGAUGGCAGAGAUCUUUGUUAGAACCUCAAAGAUCUGACUAAAAUGUAAGAAAAAUUCAGAAAAAUGUUCCUCAGUGGUAAAACUGUUUUCAGCUGACCACACCUGUGACAACCUAGUUCCCGGUUCUAUGUUCAGUCAUAUAAGUCAGAAGGAUGUCAUCCCAGAAUGGACCAUAUGUAAGGUACUUCAAAGGCAGUGGGUUUGCUGGGAGGUUCUGUAUACAGCUGGAUGAGCUUUUUCCAUCUCUGUCAUGGGGUCAAUAGGCAUUUAUGUGAAAGCAUCUUGUCCUGAACAGCUGAGGAACAUACCAGAGAGCAGAGAAAAAUGAAGACUGAGCAGACAAAAGGCACAAUCCACAGGACAUCUGCCAGCAUGCACUUAAUUCCUCACCAUCUGAUGUGCUUUGGAGAUACAAAGUAACAUAGUCUGGUCCAAUGGGAACUUAAAGCAACCAAACGGAUGAGUUAAACCAGUCUAUGACUAUCACUGUUAGUCCCACCAGUCACUGUCCAUGGAUAUCAUAAUAGGUGUUUUAUAACAACAUUCUCAGUAAUUGUUCUGUAUUUAUUAAUGUUAUUGAAAGCAUUGAUCUGUUAAUAAAGCCUGUUUAUGACAUCUGA